AUGUUGUCUAUGGAUGACUUAGAUCAAUUCCUUCAGGAGUGCGACUGCGCCUUACUCCUCAUGUCUGAGAAGGACGCAAGUGAAGAGGGCGCAGGAAACCCAACUGAGUCUUCACAAACAGAUGAUGAAGGCAGCGUGGACGAGGACGGCGUCACCACACUUAUGGAGGCAGCUAAGAGGAACGACGUGAAGGCGGUGAAGCGCUACAUCCCUUAUCAGGCAAGGAUGGUGGCGAGGUUUGUUACGGCGGGGAGAGUAGAGAUAUACGAUGGGACGGCCCUGAUGGUCGCUGCGGUGCUUGGACACACCAGAGUGGUGAAGCUGCUGAUGAGGUGCGAGGGCGGCAUGAGGAGCAGUAAUGAAUGGACAGCCCUCAUGUGGGCGGCACUUUUUGGCCGCACCGAGGUCGUGAGACUGCUCCUGGAUGUUGAGGGAGGCAUGCAGAAAAACAGAGGUUUCACUGCCCUCGUGCUUGCAGCAGAAUGUGAUCAUCUGGACUGUGUCAAGUUGCUACUGGAGAAGGAGAGGGACAUAAGUGGCGUACUUGCCAUCCAUAUGGCUAAUAGAUGGAAUCACUCCGAGGUAGCAUCUUUUCUCCAAAGUAAGGGUAUUGUAGAUCCAUACUUACAGAUGCAGCCCAGGAAGCUUGUGAGUGAACUCGCCUACUUGCUGAUCAUAUCACAAUGUUUACCCUGUUUCACUGAGAUUAGUUUGCUAGCUGCUGUCCAAGUAAAUCCCCCAUGCGAGUCACCGCCCUGGGCAAGCGGGUACCUCCCGCCCCUGCAUCGGUUGAGAUCCAGAAUCCGAAAUCUGAGAUCGGAUGUAGCGAUUCCGGUGGGAGAAGAAGAAGGAACUUUGCUCUGCCUCUCGGGAGUCCCUGCCGCUCCUCGCGGUGCCCCCUAG